AAGAGGAAAAUAAAAUGGGAUCAUCACCAGUUCAGAUGGUAUGUGUGGGCCUCGGGAUCAUUGGCCUGAUUGGAGCCAUCGUCUCUUGUGCCCUUCCUCUCUGGAAAGUGUCCGCCUUCAUAGGGCAAAAUAUUAUUGUUGCGCAGGAGCAACAGGAGGGUCUGUGGAUGCAAUGUGUGACCCAGAGCACCGGACAGCAGCAGUGCAAAGUGUAUGACUCCAUGCUGGACUUAGAACCUGAUCUGCAGGCUGCCCGAGCCAUGGUCAUCAUCGCCUGCAUGCUCGGUGGACUCAGCCUCCUCAUCCUGUUCUGCGGUUCUGACUUCACCACAUGUGUGGAGAACGAAGAUGCCAAGCCCAAAAUCUGCCUGGUGGCCGGGGUUGGCCUACUGCUGGGUGGCCUCCUGGUGAUCAUCCCAGUCAGCUGGUCGGCUCAUACUACUAUUAGCAACUUU